AUGAAUUCAAAGCGGGUAAAUAAUGUGAUUAGCCUUUUGAUAAACGAAAUAAAAACAAAUGAGCGCCCAGAAAGCGCAAAAGAAUUGGCCAAAGAAAAGGGCAUAAAUGUUGCCAAGUCAUUUUUGAACAUUAACCAUUCAGGUGAAAACCUCCCCUGUGAGAGGCCCAAACGAAACUGCCGAGCAGAAAAUGGGCAACCUCGGAAUAGUGAUCUCAGUGUAAAUUCGCAGGAAGAACAGAAGACCACCCCCGACGAAGACAACCUGGACGGAGACAACCUGGACGGAGACAACCUCGACGAAGACAACCUCGACGAUGACGUCAUCGGCGAAAAGGAAAAAGCGGCAUUGGAAUUUUAUGAUGAGCGGAUAGACAUUUUCGAAGAAGAAUACGUGAACAAAAAAUAUAGAUUCUGCACCAAAAACUGCGAUUCGAGUUUGUGCUGUUGCGGGUGCUUCAUUCCAGUUUGCUACCAAAGUCAGAGGCACGAGAUCUACGUCAACCAGUACAGAAGCUUAUACGCGGUGAACGUACGGAUCGACGACAAGCGAGUUAUUCAUGAGCACGAAAUAAAUGCAGUGGAGAACGGCGGCGACGGCAAACAAGGUGAUACCAAACGGGGUAACGGCAAAAGAGGUGAUACCAAACGGGGUAACGGCAAACGCAGCCACCAGCACGGUGACCCAAAGAUCCCCCCCCCGGUGGACAAAGCGGAGAACCAAACAGAACUCCCUCACCCCGAGUGCGCAGAAAACCCCGAAGGAGAAAAAAACAGGGAGGACGAAAAAUCACAAAUAUAUCACGCCGUUUUUUGCGAAAACUGCAAUAAUCAUGUUGCCUAUCUUGAAAUAAAAAAAAAUAUUUUCCAUUUUUUUGAUGUGCUACCUGACUGA